AUGGGAUUUCCAUCACUCACAUACCAGCGGCCGGCAUACGUCAGCAAGGAGCGGUUUCGCCAGAGCAGCGAUGACAGCAAUUCCCUCACCGAAAAUAGGAAGCGUGGCUCUUCGCUCGAGUCGGGUCAAUCCGGUGUCUCCUCUUCUCCCUCCACCGGAAUACCGGAUGCCCUCGCGUUCGACAGAAUCAUGAGCGGUGGAACAUGCCCCCCAUGCACGAUACGCGACUUCAUGAACUACCUCCUCUACAUCGAGCACUCGGCCGAGAACCUGCAGUUCUUCCUCUGGUACCGCGACUACGUGAAGCGCUUCGCCCUGGCGCAAACCGCCGACACCCGGCUCUCGCCGGAGUGGACGCAGGCGAUGGAAGACGAGACGACGGCCAGGAUCCAGAAAGACGCCGUGGAACGGAUGAGGAGGGAGCCCAAAGCACUUGCCGCCAUAUUGAAGGGCACGGUUUUCGAUAAAGGGGCAGAUGUCGCCGCGGUGGACAAUGGUAAUCCAGACCCGUUCUCGACACCGCCGCCCACGCCUAGCAUCAAGAGCGCGCCUUCGUUUCUCCCCGGGUCCCAUUAUUCGGGCUACCGCACACGGGGCAGAGAUGCCUUUAGCGCCGUCGGUGCCACGCAACCUUUCACCAUCCAACCCUUCCGCGCCGAACUCAACCGCGUGGUAGCGACCUACAUCGCGCCGGACGCCCCGCGCCAGCUCAACCUCUCGGCGCGCGAGCAGAAGAGCGCCGUCCAAGCGCUCGCUUACACGACGCACCCGUCCGCUCUGCGCGCCGUCGCCGCCAGCGCCGAGGCCACCCUGCGGCGGCAGGCGCACCCGAACUUCGUGCGCUGGUCCAUCUGCAACGGCAACGGGGCGCGCGUCGGGUUCGCGCGGGGGCUGGGCGCUGCGCUGGUCCUGCUGGCGACGGCGGGGGCCGGGGUCGUCGCGCUGGGCAGCGCGGCGCGGGGGUGGCGCGCGCUGUUCGCGGUGGGCUGGGUGCUCGGGUUCGCGACGCUGAGCGCGGCGGGGAAGGGCAUGUGCGUCGUGCUGCAUGGGCUGCACCAUCGGCACGUCAGGCCGUGGGAGCUGUUCGAGCGUUCCCCUGCGUCGGAGGGGUCGGAUUCGGGCUCGGAGCUCGAGGACCAGAAGGGGGUGGGGAGUAGCUGCUUCGACGCGUUUGGCUCGGGCGCGAGUAGCUACGAGGACGAGCCGUGGGUGGUGAGGUAUCAGCGGCGGAGUGUGGUGCGGAAGAUCUUUGAUCGCGAGGUCUGGAUCCAGGAGCCGGCGCUGCGGCAGAUUCAGGACGUGAUAUUUGUGCAGUCGUUGUUGUUGGGGGUGUUGGGCGGUUGUGUUAUGACGGCUAUCUUUGUGGCUGUGCCUGCUGGGAGGUUCUUUUGAUACUACAUACUUCGUAGUAGUUAUGUAAC